GAAAGUGCCUCAGAGUGACAGGUUACUGAGGCGAUAACGUGACUGGCUGCAGGGAGGUUUUAUUGUCUGUCACGAUUAAAGUGCGUUUCAGCCAAAGGACUAUGGUGAAAUAACAGCUCUGGGCUCUUUUCUGCUUCGUUAAGGGGAGAAUUGGGCUUGAGGAUGCUGUUUGUUCUGCUCGGCGGUUUUCUCACAGCUGUUAGCAUUAGCAUCUCAGAUGCAUCCUUUACUGAUCUCGACGAACAAAUUGACUUCCUGUCUUCAGUCAUUGCCAAGCAGCAAGUCUCAGAUGUCAGGGAGUCAGAUUCUCCUAAGCCGAAGAGUCAGACCAUGCCGAAGAGCGUGUACUCUAACUUGAGUACGGUAAAACCAGACACACACAGCCCCUUCGCCCCGACCCAACAAACUUUAAAACCCCCUGUAGCUCAGACAAAGGCUCCAGGUCAUGGCAAGCACGUCGGCACGACCUUUCCAGAAGACGGCCUGAUCGUUAUCAUGAUGUCUGCAUUUAUCAUUUUGGGGACUGUGGCUCUCAUCAUGGCUGCUGUCUGUUGGUUUCGGAUACAGAAAGAGAGCCAUUUGACUCAGAAAGCAGACUACCCUGCAUUUCAUGCGGUGGGAAGCAGCUACUCUAGCAGCAACUCGUCGGGGGACAAUAAGCUGGCUCACAGCGCUCAGAUGUAUCACUACCAACAUCAGAAACAACAAAUGCUCUCUAUGGAAAAACACAAAGUCGAACCUAAAGUCUCUGAACCUGGAGUUGUGUCGGACGAGGAAACCGAAGAAGGAGACUUCACGGUAUACGAGUGUCCCGGACUCGCACCGACUGGAGAGAUGGAAGUGAAGAAUCCACUGUUUGACGACUCGACCUUACAGAACGGCAGGAACCACAAGUGACGUGGAUGCCUACGCAAACACACCCUGCUCAACACAUCCAGAAGUUACCUUUUCACUCAAAAGAACAUUACACACACACUACACCUAUCUAACACUGGACAGUGAUUUCUUAUUAGCUUAGUUCUUCAGAACAAAAUAUAAUAGGAAAGACCUAUUAAAACCCCCAAACCAAAUAAGGAUGAGGCCUGGAUAAAAAUAAACACAGAGCUUUAAAACGAACUAACUGAACUGUUCAAUGCACUCAUAAUGAACACUGUGCACCCGGACAGCCCUAGUAACCUUUCCUCAUACUUGUAUACAGUCCCUCUUUUAAAUUUUUUGCAUGUUGAUUGUGAAGCUGUUUCACAUGAUUAUAUUGAACAUAUGUGUUUUACAUGCAUACACUGCAUUCCUUUAUGAGUAGAAACUUUACCAGUUAUGGGAAAACAUUUUUAUGUCAAUUGUAUAUGAGUCUGUACCUUCUCAUGCAUUUUAGCGUUUUUUCUCCAUUUUCAUCAGCUGACCUGUUCUUGUCUGUACACCUCUUUCUUUCACAUUUCCCAUGUUGGUCUAUUGUUGUCUAAACUUCUAGUCAGACUUUUUGUGUAUACAGUAUAAGCAACACAAUCAUCACAAUACACAAGUCACUUUAGUAGAAAUAAAUUACCUUGUUAAUGAA